GAUGGGUUGAGACUUGAGAGGCCAACAGGCUACAACUUAACAAGCCUCCAUUUUUCAACAACUAUUCUUCUUUCUUUUAACUGCAGGCAGAAAAGAGGGAGAUAGAGAGAGAUGAGAGGAGAGAAACAGAUAGAAAUGCGUGAAACCUCAGAAUAAAAUUAGAAAAAAUAUAUUAAUCCAACUUGAUUAUCAAUUUUUAUUUUUAGCCCAGAUUAUUUGUAUGAUUCUUGAGCUUUAUCUGACUGAAUUAGAGAAAAUCUAUACAAGUUCAGAAGCUUCACUGAGCUGGCUUUGAUAUUGGGGAAGGAUUCAUGGAUGCCUCCUUAAUUUUGGUAUGCGGGUUCGCUGGCAGUUUGAAUUCUGCUGCAUACUCUAAUUAAUUUCCACCUUUGUGAUCAAUUUAGCCGUGCAAUUGCUUGAGGGGGCUGCCGUAAGAAUGGGAAUGUGUAUUCUGGUGCAGUAGUGUUAUUUGCUGAAAUGUAAAUGAACUCUGGUUUGUGUUCUAUGAAUUCUGAGGUGAUUCUUUUAAGUGUGUUGUUGCUGGCAUUGUGAAGUUGGAAUUACUUGCGUCUAUCGUGAAUAAGAUAGUAAUUUGUUGGGGAUCGAUUAGGUUCAAUUGGGUAGGUUGAGUGAACAGGAAAAGACCUUAGGGAACGUGGUGAAAAGGGUUUCUUGUUUCAGGAAUGGGAUUGCCUCAAGUGUCUUCCAGCAAAAUUGCUGAGGAGGUGACUGUAUCAUUACGCACAUUGGCACAAACUCCACCUCGAUUAACGGGUGCGAGCUAUGAUAUGAAUGAAUUGCACAUUGGUCGUCCAAGCAAUCAUAUGCUCGGGGAUCUCUCUUGCACUUUGUCAAGGGAGGUUUCAAACAAUGCUGAUGUCGGCAGUGCACAUAAAGAUGGCAUGGCCAACACGCAUAGAUUAAGAGUUGGUACAGUAGAAACUAGAUUUUUGCCAUUUAAUGGUGGAAGGAUUGCUCAGACUCCUGCUUCAAGGAUUGUGGGAUUCGAUUCAACUGGAUCAAAUACUACUCAUCCUAAUGUUGGUGUUUUUGAAGGACAUAAAUCUGCUGUUCCUUUUUCAACCAGUGUCAUUGGUACCACUGAGGCAACUGGUUCUCUGGUUCGGAAACAGUUGUUUUCUCCUUUGAAUGGCUUGCUUUUACCAGAUGAAUUUAAUGAUAGGUGCAUAGACCCUGGAAGGGACAUUAACAGGAUGGAUUCUCUGUUGUAUGGUGAAAAUUAUGGGAUCAACUUGCAAGAACAUAAAAUAAGUAAUGUAAGCAACUCCAAUCAUGGCCAUACCUUGUUUUCAUCCAAAUCUAAGUUUCUUGAAUUCAUUCAUACUCACAAUCAACAUAGUGGGACAAACUCUAGCAUCAUUACAGAUGGCCCUCUGUUUGAAGAUGCGAAAGGUCAUCCUGAAAUAUUUUAUUCAUCUUCCCCUGGAGUAAGUUCUUAUGGAAAAUUGCCUAAAUUAAGGUCUCAAAAUGGGGCGAUAGACAUAGUGCAGGAAAAAGUUGUGUCACCAUCAUUGUCUCUGUCACCUCUUGGACCCAAGUCUUCUAGAAGAAUGAGAACUUUGGAAGAGUAUGAGGAAAUGUUGGAACUUGAUGAAAAUUGUUUAACCUUGAAGGAUAUACGACAGUCACUUGAAGGAACUAUCUGUGCCAUACCAUCUUCUCAAACAGAAAAGGAUUCUAAAAUGGCAUGUGAAACAUUUGAAGAUAUUGAUGUUUUUCAAAUGAACUUAGAGCAAUUCACUCCUGAAAGUAUAACUGCUACUAGAGGUAACUUGGGAUGUGACUCAGCAUUUACAAACCAAUGUGCCAAAUUAGGUAGGAAUCUCAGUGGAUUGUCUGUUAAAAGAUCCUUGGUUGGUUCAUUUGAGGAAUCACUGUUAUCUGGUCGUUUAGCAUCUGGGAUUCCGUCCCAGAAAUUUGAUGGUUUCCUUGCGGUUCUUAAUAUUACUGGAGGAAGCUUCUCACCCCACCCACAGAAACUUCCAUUUUCUGCGACAAGUGUGGAUGGUGAUAACUACUUACUUUAUUAUUCAUCAAUAGAUUUAGGAGGGCAGUCGUCUCCUAAUAAGUACAAAGCCCCAACAAUGAAGAGGAGCUUUAGCAGCAAUGGCUCCCCAACAGAAAGAAGUCGCUUGCGUGUUCCUAUGAAAGGGCGUAUACAACUGGUUUUGAGCAAUCCAGAGAGAACACCCAUUCACACAUUUGUUUGUAAUUACGAUUUAAGUGACAUGCCUGCUGGCACCAAGACAUUUCUACGCCAAAAGGCUACUUUAGCUUUAGACAGAAGGAGAUCUGACUUGAAAAAAGAGGGCAAGUCACCUACAACUGCAAAAAGUGGUGAUUCUUUACAGCAUGAAACAGUGCUUUCUGGUUCGGAUGGAGUUCAUCUGGUAGAAAGAUCAGAUAUUAAAGAACAUAGGGGCAGUAUAGAGUUGGAGAAUGUACCUACUGUACCAUCUAGUGUUACUGAAAGCAAUUACGCAAAUGGCACUUCAAAGGUCAAUGACAGUACUGCAUGUCCUGGUGUUCUCCGUUAUGCUCUACAUGUCAGAUUUCUGUGUCCACACCCAAAGAAAUAUUCCAGAACAUUUCAGAGGUGCAAGUCUGAUACUGCUGCUCUGCCUGUGAGAAACAGAAUGGACAUUGAAGGUGAGAGGCGCUUCUAUCUGUAUAAUGAUUUGAGGGUGGUGUUCCCUCAGCGUCAUUCAGAUUCUGACGAGGGGAAGUUUGGCAUUGCAGUUGCAUGUGGAAUAUCAUUAUCCAUCUGAUCCAAAGUACUUUGACCUUGACAACUAGAAAGUCCUGUUAAGUUACCAACUGAUGUAGCUUUUCUUGUAAAUAUCAGUACAUGUAUCUUCUUGGCCAUUUACAGACAUGGCCAUAGCCCAUGUCACCUGUAAAUCCAUCAGAAUAAAUAGAUCAUUCAGUCUAGUGAAAGAAUUGUAAACAGUGUAGAUAAGCUUUCAUGCUCCUUUGAAAAAGGACUAAAUCAAAGCUAGAAAGUGACACUUCAUCACCUUCUCAUCAUGGUGAAAGUCCUCCUGGCUGAUAUGUUUAGGUGUAUUGCUCAAUUUACUGUGUAGGAAAAAUUUGUACCCAUACCAACAUUGUACACAGAUUCUUUAAUCCUUGCACAUUGCAUUCAAAGCCCUUUUAUUUUGUACGUUUUACCAAA